AGUGCGUCGCGGCUGGCUGGACCCUCUGAGCCUCGUCCGGGGCCAGCACUGCGUCCGCGGGGGUCAUAGACCGGCCGCCACGGGGCCCCUAGGCGGAGUCUUCCGAGCCUCUGCGACAUGCGUGGCCUCGGCCCGCUGCUGCUGCCGAGGCAGGAUUGUCGGAUCGCUCCACACCAGGUGAUUGAGCAAACCCAAGAAAAAUUCCUACUGCUUUUAAAUUAAAAUGGAAAAAUAUGAGAACCUUGGAUUGGUUGGAGAAGGGAGCUAUGGAAUGGUGAUGAAGUGUAGGGAUAAAGACAGUGGAAGGAUUGUGGCCAUCAAGAAGUUCUUAGAAAGUGACGAUGACAAAAUGGUUAAAAAAAUUGCCAUGCGAGAGAUCAAGUUACUGAAGCAACUGAGGCAUGAGAAUUUGGUGAAUUUGUUGGAAGUGUGUAAGAAGAAAAAAAGAUGGUACCUGGUCUUUGAAUUUGUUGACCACACAAUUCUUGAUGACUUGGAACUCUUUCCAAAUGGACUAGACUACCAAGUAGUCCAAAAAUAUUUAUUUCAGAUUAUUAAUGGAAUUGACUUUUGUCACAGUCACAAUAUCAUACACAGGGAUGUAAAGCCAGAGAACAUUUUGGUGUCCCAGGCUGGCGUGGUGAAGCUGUGUGACUUCGGGUUUGCACGCACACUGGCCGCUCCUGGGGAGGCCUACACUGACUAUGUGGCCACCCGGUGGUACAGAGCACCUGAGCUGUUGGUUGGAGAUGUCAAGUACGGCAAGGCCGUUGACAUCUGGGCCAUCGGUUGUUUGGUAACUGAGAUGCUCACAGGGGAGCCCCUGUUUCCAGGAGAUUCUGACAUUGACCAGCUCUACCAUAUUAUGAUGUGUUUAGGUAAUUUAAUUCCAAAACACCAGGAGCUGUUUUAUAAAAAUCCUGUGUUUGCCGGAGUACGAUUGCCUGAAAUCCAGGAAACAGAACCUCUUGAAAGACGCUACCCUAAGCUCUCUCAAGUUGUGACAGAUUUAACAAAGAGAUGCUUACAUGUUGACCCUGACAAAAGGCCAUUGUGUGCUGAGCUCCUGCACCAUGCCUUCUUCCAGGUGGACGGGUUUGCUGAGAGAUUCUCCCAUGAACUACAGUUAAAAAUACAGAAAGAUGCCUGGAAUAUUUCUUUGCCUAAAAAGUCCCAAAACAGAAAGAAGGAAAAGGAAAAAGAUGAAUCUUUAGGUGAACAAAGGAAAACACUUGUGGUACAGGAUACCAAUGCUGAUACCAGAAUUAAGGACUCCAAAGUAUUUAAAACAAAAGCGUCAAAAAUUGAUGGAGAGAAAAUUGAAAAGGGCACUAGAGCUUCCAAUGCCAGCUGUCUUCGUAACAGUGGGACGAGCUGCGUUGGGGUGGUGCCUUCAGGCUGCCUUGGGGACCGUGGCGGCCAGGCCAGCAGGGUCUCUGGUAUGGCCAUCCCCCCGCUGGCACACAUUCCAUCUGCAGCAGCUCCUGGCCAUAACCCUGGAGUCCACAGUUACAGAGUGGAUGAGAGAACUAAGAAGUAUUGCAUUCCAUUUGUUAAACCAAGUAAACAGUCUCCACCAGGAAUUUAUAAUAUUAAUGUGCCCACAUCGCAGGUCUCCAGUGAGAAGAACCUCCUUCAGGCAAAUAAGAAGCGAAGGGAGUAUGCCAAGACAGAGGUGAGGCUGCCUGAACUGAGCUACAGUCAUCGCCCGGAACUGAGAGCCCUGGAAGGCAGGGCUCGAAAUUCUAGACUAAUAAAGAAAGAGAACAAAAUUCUUUCCAAAUCUCGAAUACCUUCUCUGGCUGCUAUUGACCUUCACACCUCCAGCAUGGCAUUGCACCAGGUAUUAGGAUCAUCCCUGUCAGAUGACACGGAGGCCUAUUUGCCCCAGGUGGAGCACCAGCACUGAGGACAUGGUGCUGCAUCUGAGAUAACAUCCUUCUGUGACAGGAGUACUGUUAUCCUAGGAGGAGAGAUGCAUGGUUUUCUUUCCUUCUGAACUGCCUGCUUCUUCUGAGAAAGGCUCUAUAGAGGAAGGAAAGACAAAGACUUGCAGUCAUUUCGCAGGAAGACUGAACAAGCGUGCCCCUUCUCCCCUCUUCAGUCUGUUGAUGCUGUUUCUGGAUGUAUCUAAUGAAGAAUAGUGAUAUGGGUCUUGUUACAUGAAUGUGCAUUUACUGUUAGUAGAUUGUAUAUUUAAAGUUAGCCAAGAUUAAAAGUGAAUAAAAAAGAAAUGUAAAAGGUCAUGUUAUUCAUGCAUUGAACUUUGUGCGCUAUUUGUAUAAAAGCUUACUGUUAAAGAAAACGAGAAAGCUAGGAUUUGUAAGAGAAAAUGUUUCCCUUAUCGUAACUAUAAAAACACACCUAAAAUUCCUGUUUCCUGGCACUGAGGUGCUCUGUAACUGCAGGCCACAGGAGGUGUGGGUCUGUGGUCACGGUGACUAUUGGGUGUUGAGUCUGUGUGUGAUGGGAAUCAAGGAGAAACCAUGACUUCUGACUUAGCACAGCUCUGGCCUCAUUGUCCCCUCUGUAAGGAGAGUCUAGUAUCAGGGUUCUUUGUAAAGGAGCACAAUUGGAGCAGGGGUGGAGAAAUGUUAAAGGUGUGCCUUGGAGCUGAGUCAGUGGUUGCUCAUUAGAAAAAGUAGUGUAUAGUCUGGGGAUUUAGGUCAAUGGCACUGAGCUCGCCUUGUAAGCGCAAGGUCCUGAGUUUGAUCGAUCCCUGGUAUCAGAAAAAGCACAUACAAAAUGUGCUAGGAAGUGGGCAGCCACACUGGGCCAGCUGCUGUUGAAGAAUCAGGUGGAAGGGGCUUCUGGAGGGAACCCCUGUUACCUGGACUCUACUCUGUCCAUGGUAGUUUGAGGGUAGUAAUAGACAGAAGCCACAGAAGUUCUAGUUUCUUCGUUACCUCAGACACCUAGGCUUUCCCCAAAGCUUCUCACCAAAGUGCAAAGUCAUCUGUCUACCCACAUUCCUUACACAGCUUCUGAUGCACAGGUCUACAGCUUUGUAGGAUGAGUUUGGAGUAGUUUGGGCCUCAGGUUCCUGGUUUCUGGGUUUCCAGACACACUCUGCUUUUAUCAUAUUUAGAGAACAGUUGUGAUGGGGGCCAGAGUUUGUUAAGAGUUUUUGACCUUAGCCAAUUAUAGUGUGGUAUUUUCUCCAAAAGUUAUCGACUAGACCUUAGCCCAAGGGUUUAACUAGAAUUCUUUGUUAUCUUGAGGAGCUUGAUAUUAAAAUUCUGACAUUAGAUACUUCGGCAUCCAAAGGACCUUCCAGAGGAGGUUAAAAAAAAAGGGUUCUGAUGUACAAGUCCAUAGAAAGUGAUUCAAUUAAAUUUGGCUUUGGUGUCAAAGCUCUGUCUUCAACCUCUGAUGAAAUGUUUGACUAGCUUACCACAGCUAGCAUGUUGAGGGAGGAGGGACUAAUGUAGGCCUUAAUAAGCUUCAUAUUAAAAUAUCAUUUUAUAGGGCUGGGGAUUUAGCUCAGUGGUACUGCAUCUACCUCGAAAGAGCAAGGUCCUGAGUUUGAUCCCCAGUACCAGAAGAAAAAAAAUUAUUUUCAGUUUGAAAAGUAUUGCCAACAGGUUCUAUGGCAUGGAAAGUGACCAUAUGUAAAGCCAUCUGGCACCCCCAGCUUAUUUCAGUGAUGUUUUUAUGUGAAAAAUCAGGAGGAAGAUAUUAGCUCGAUAUCUGAGUGUAAGAUCAGUUGCCUUCUAAUUCCUAGUUGGCUUUUAGUAUCUUUGCCUAAUUUAAGCAUUUUGUGCACUUUAGAAUCAAGGGACUAAGAAUCAUCCCUUAAGUCCAUGUUGGUACUUAAGGCUCUUAUCUGUUAGACCCUUGGCUGAAUGACUACAGAAAGAUUUUGCGAAUUAGAGCUAUAAACACAACUAAAAUAAUCUCUUUUUAAAAGAAGUUUAUGGUUAUUUACAAGAGUGGGAUUUACUCACCUAUUAAUAUGAAAUGUGUAUCUGUACUAGUGGGGGGGUCAGUGGGCUUGCUGUGUGUAUGAAUGUUUGAAAAUUAAUAAAUAUCUUAGCUCCAUAGGUGACUUUAGAUUUAUUUAGGAGACUAUAAAUAACAUAUACACCACUGUAUGGUAU